GACCGGAGCCCUCCCCACGCCCCGCCUCCGGGGCACCAGCUUCGGCUCCAUUGUUCCCGCCCGGGCCGGAGGCGCCGAGCUCCGAGCGCCACUGGGAGUCGAGCGCCGGCUGUGGGGCUCUCGCGGCCCCGCCAGGACCCGAGCGGAGCCCGGGGGCGGCGGGCCGGAGCCGGGGACGCGGGCGCCCGCCCGCCCGCACAAGCCACGGCGGACCCUCCAGAGGCGGAACCGCAGCGCCGAGUGAGAGUCAGCUUGCACAGGAGGAUCAAGCCCACGGCAGAGUCCCCAUGGAGGUGUGGAACCUUGUCACCAACCUCUAACUGCAGAACUGGGAUGUGGAGCUGGAAGUGUCUCCUGUUCUGGGCUGUGCUGGUCACAGCCGCGCUCUGCACUGCCAGGCCAGCGCCAACCUUGCCGGAACAAGCCCAGCCCUGGGGAGCCCCCGUGGAAGUGGAGUCCCUCCUGGUCCACCCCGGUGACCUGCUGCAGCUCCGCUGCCGGCUGCGGGACGAUGUUCAGAGCAUCAACUGGCUGCGGGACGGGGUGCAGCUGGUGGAAAGCAACCGCACCCGCAUCACGGGGGAGGAGGUGGAGGUGCGGGAUUCCGUGCCCGCCGACUCCGGCCUCUACGCCUGUGUGACCAGCAGCCCCUCGGGCAGCGAUACCACCUACUUCUCCGUCAACGUCUCAGAUGCUCUCCCCUCCUCGGAGGACGAUGAUGACGAUGAUGACUCCUCUUCAGAGGAGAAAGAGACAGAUAACACCAAACCAAACCGUAUGCCCGUGGCUCCCUACUGGACGUCGCCAGAAAAGAUGGAAAAGAAACUGCAUGCAGUGCCAGCUGCCAAGACAGUGAAGUUCAAAUGCCCUUCCAGUGGGACCCCUAACCCCACGCUGCGCUGGCUGAAAAAUGGCAAAGAAUUCAAGCCUGACCACAGGAUCGGAGGCUACAAGGUCCGUUAUGCCACCUGGAGCAUCAUUAUGGACUCCGUGGUGCCUUCUGAUAAGGGCAACUACACCUGCGUCGUGGAGAACGAGUACGGCAGCAUCAACCACACCUACCAGCUUGAUGUCGUGGAGCGGUCCCCUCACCGGCCCAUCCUGCAGGCAGGUUUGCCAGCCAACAAGACAGUGGCCCUGGGCAGCAAUGUGGAGUUCAUGUGUAAGGUGUACAGUGACCCGCAGCCCCAUAUCCAGUGGCUAAAGCACAUCGAGGUGAAUGGGAGUAAGAUUGGUCCGGACAACCUGCCUUAUGUCCAGAUCUUGAAGACGGCCGGAGUUAAUACCACCGACAAAGAGAUGGAGGUGCUGCACUUAAGGAAUGUCUCCUUUGAGGACGCGGGGGAGUAUACAUGCUUGGCGGGUAACUCUAUCGGACUCUCCCAUCACUCUGCAUGGUUGACCGUUCUGGAAGCCCUGGAAGAGAGACCGGCGGUAAUGACCUCGCCCCUGUACCUGGAGAUCAUCAUCUAUUGCACGGGGGCCUUCCUCAUCUCCUGCAUGGUGGGGUCUGUCAUCAUCUAUAAGAUGAAGAGCAGCACCAAGAAGAGUGACUUCCACAGCCAGAUGGCCGUGCACAAGCUGGCCAAGAGCAUUCCCCUGCGCAGACAGGUAACAGUGUCGGCCGACUCCAGCGCAUCCAUGAACUCUGGGGUCCUGCUGGUUCGGCCCUCGCGUCUCUCCUCCAGCGGGACCCCCAUGCUGGCCGGGGUCUCUGAAUACGAGCUUCCCGAAGACCCUCGCUGGGAGCUGCCUCGGGACAGACUGGUUUUAGGCAAGCCGCUGGGAGAGGGCUGCUUUGGGCAGGUGGUGUUGGCGGAGGCCAUUGGGCUGGACAAGGACAAACCCAACCGGGUCACCAAAGUGGCUGUGAAGAUGCUGAAGUCGGAUGCAACAGAGAAAGACCUGUCAGACCUGAUCUCCGAAAUGGAGAUGAUGAAGAUGAUUGGAAAGCACAAGAACAUCAUCAACCUGCUGGGGGCCUGCACGCAGGACGGCCCCCUGUAUGUCAUCGUGGAGUACGCCUCCAAGGGCAACCUCCGAGAGUACCUGCAGGCCCGGAGGCCGCCGGGGCUGGAAUACUGCUACAACCCCAGCCGUCAUCCCGAGGAGCUGCUGUCCUCCAAGGACCUGGUAUCCUGCGCCUAUCAGGUGGCCCGAGGCAUGGAGUAUCUCGCCUCCAAGAAGUGCAUACACCGAGACCUGGCCGCCAGGAACGUGCUGGUGACGGAGGACAACGUGAUGAAGAUCGCAGACUUUGGCCUCGCUCGUGACAUCCACCACAUCGACUACUAUAAAAAGACGACCAACGGCCGACUGCCUGUCAAGUGGAUGGCACCCGAGGCCUUGUUUGACCGGAUCUACACCCACCAGAGCGACGUGUGGUCUUUUGGGGUGCUUCUGUGGGAAAUCUUCACUCUGGGCGGCUCCCCGUACCCUGGCGUCCCUGUGGAGGAGCUUUUCAAGCUGCUGAAGGAGGGUCAUCGAAUGGACAAGCCCAGUAACUGCACCAAUGAGCUGUACAUGAUGAUGCGGGACUGCUGGCACGCGGUACCCUCUCAAAGACCUACCUUCAAGCAGCUGGUGGAAGACCUGGACCGCAUCGUGGCCUUGACCUCCAACCAGGAGUACCUGGACCUAUCAAUGCCCCUGGACCAGUACUCCCCCAGCUUCCCCGACACCCGCAGCUCCACCUGCUCCUCUGGGGAGGAUUCCGUCUUCUCCCACGAGCCCUUGCCCGAGGAGCCCUGUCUGCCCCGACACCCGGCCCAGCUGGCCAACGGCGGACUCAAACGGCGCUGACUGGCACCCCGCACCCCUCCCCGGACUCCGUCCUCAAUGACGACCCCGGCCCCGCUCCCGCUGGACUCGCCGCCUCCUUUCUGCCCUUCCUGCUGGCAGGAGCCGGCUGUCGCCCCUGAGCUCCCCUCUCCUCCUCCUCUCAGCCUGCCGCUGAGACAGAUGCGCGGGGAGGCGGAGACUUGUUGAUGGCCACUUGGUUCCGUCCCCGAUGUUGGACCGAGACCCCCCCACCAGCCACCUGGCACCUCCCGGAGGGUUAGGCAGCACGCGAGGGAGAGCCGACCGCGCUUUGCUGCGUUGGUUUUGUCCGCUCCACGCAGCCUGUGUUCCCGUGGUGGGUGCCUGGUCCUCGGGCUACAGCGGGAGUGAGGGGGGUGGGGGUGGGGGUCAGCACUCGGGCCUCCGUGGAAGGCGACCUCUGCUCCAGAUGGCUUAUUAAUUCCGAUACUAAUUUGCUUUGCUGACCAAAUACCUGGUACCAGAGGAUGGGGAUGCAAAGGCUGGGAGCAGUGUCGUGGCCCCGGGGCCCAGCCCCAAAGCAGGGGCUUUGUACAUAGCUAUGAAGAAAACACAAAGUGUAUAAAUCUGAGUAUAUAUUUACAUGUCUUUUUAAAAGGGUCGUUACCAGAGAUUUACCCAUUGGGUAAGAUGCUCCUGGUGACUGGGAGGCAUCAGUUGCUAUAUGUUAAAAACAAAGAAAAAAGGAAAAAAAAAAAAAAAGGAAAAUGUUUUUAAAAAGGUCAUAUAUUUUUUGCUACUUUUGCUGUUUUAUUUUUUUAAAUUAUGUUCUAAACCUAUUUUCAGUUUAGGUCCCUCAAUAAAAAUUGCUGCUGCUUCAUUUUUAUACGGGCUGUGUGACACGGGAGAGAAUGUCAGCUGCGGAGGAGCAAGGCUGGCGACGGGCUCUUGGGCUGUCUGUCCAGAGGGCAGUGCGCGCCCUCUGUGGGCCCCACUCCCAACCGGCUCUUCCCCUCAGGUCCCGCACU